GGUCCCAUUUCCCCCUUUUGGGUUACCAGUUCUAUUGGAUGUGCUAGUGGCAGUGCCACUACAGUGCCAGUGCCGGUCUCAGAGUCUCGGAUGCAGAGAUACGAAUCCCAUCCAAAUACGAAUACGAAUCCGGCAAAUGCCAGUACCGAAGCCAGGCCAGACCAGAGAGAUAGGGCAGCAAAUGAAAGAUAAACAACUUGGUCCGCACAUCGAACAUCCCGGCAUCAACAAACAUCAGCUGUGCGGCGAACGGAGAGUAUCUGCCUUGUCCUCGUCAUCGCUCGGCUGGCGGCUGGCGGCUCUCCUCCGUAUCUGUAUCGGUUGUAUCUCACAGAUACACAGAUACACGGUCUCUGGGCACUGAGACGCAGAGCGACGCGACACGAAAAUUUCAUUACUCACCGCCUGCCGCCGGCGGGGCCCGAGUUUCGGCUUUCAGUUUGCUGUGGAACGCGGAUCGAGUAGCAACCUCGAGCGGUACUCGCACCAGUGCUAGACAAAGACAGAGAACGCCGCGGCCGCAUACAGAUAGAAAGAGAGAGAGCAAGCGAUAUAGUCGCUACUUAAAAUUUAAAUAAUAAUUAUUAUUAUUAUUAUAAUUUUUGUGAAAUCAAGUGAUAAGUUAAAGUGAUUUAAAGUACAAGCUUAGAAACCAAAAAAUAAAAUAAAAGUGAUGAAGUGACAGAAGGUGGAUUUCUAAACCUGGAUUAUCCAUUGUUGUGACAGAAACUUAGUGGAUUACAGAUCAACAAUGCUUAGCAGUAAUUCUAGAGGUGAUUGUUCCGAUACCACAGAAGAGAUGACCGUCGACAGCAGAGAUUCCAAAGAUUUAACCGCACAGGAGCUGGGCGAGGAGAAGCAGCUUCAUCAGCUGGAAGAUCAGCUAUCAGAUCAGAUGGAAGAUUCCUCUGAUAACCACGAGAAUACCAAUAACAACAAUAAUGAGACGGAGGAGGACGAUGUGUCCGAGCAGCCGGAAGAGACUAAUGCCGAGCAGGCUGAGGAUUUGAUGGAAACAGACACGAUGGAUCAGAAUCACGAGCCCCAGCCGGCCAAAGAGGAGGAGGAGGGAGAGCGUCAGGGAGAAGAAUUGCCACCGAACUCUCCCAGCACACCACCGAGAAGCCCUUUGUCGCCCCAUUUGAUUCCAAAGCUGGAGCAGCCCUGCACUCCGCCCUCAGAGCCCGAGGCAGAAGCAUCGCCAUGCCCAUCACCCUCCCAGGUGGCUCCCAAACUGCCCAAGCUGCGAUUGAACGCACUCCUGGCCUCAGAUCCGGCCCUCAAGCCGGAUGCCAAGGAACUGAAUCUGCCAGAGCCGAGUCUACUGGCACCUCCGCCGGUUAGCAAGCCGACCCAGCCAGAGGUUCUGGAGCCCCUACUGAAGCAGGCUAGGUUCAUGUGCUUGCCCUGCGGCAUCGCUUUCAGUUCCCCCUCGACUUUGGAGGCCCAUCAGGCCUACUACUGUUCGCACAGGAAGAAGGAUGCAGAGGAGGAUCAGGCAGCUGGCACGGGCGACAAAUCAGGAGGAGGCGGAGCAUCCUCGGGGGCGUCAGGAUCUGGUUCGGGAAGCGGAUCCUCGGAACCGCCGGCCAAAAUGGCCCGGACUGGAAAGCAGUACGCCUGCACCCAGUGCUCCUACAGUGCCGACAAGAAGGUUUCUCUCAACCGACACAUGCGAAUGCAUCAGACAUCGCCGGCCACUCCCAGCCUGGUGGUGGCCAGCUUGCCGAAUCUCGUCCAGAACGGCUUGCCGGCGGCCGGUGUGCCAAGCAACUCCCUGGAGGAGAGCUCUAGUCAACAGCAAACGGAUCGCUACUGCAGCGACUGUGAUAUCCGGUUCAACAACAUAAAAACCUACCGGGCCCACAAGCAGCACUACUGCAGUUCCCGCCGGACAGAAGGUCAGCUAACCCCCAAACCGGAUGCAUCUCCCGGCGCCGGAGGAGGUUCGAGUGCAUCGGGAUCGGUAGCCUCUGCAGUUGGAGUGUCUGCCCAGGCCACAGCACCCGGAAAACUGAGUCCCCAGGCUAGGAACAAGACACCCACGCCGGCAAUGGUGGCUGCUGCGGCGGCGGCUGCAGCGGCAGCAGCAGCUGCCUCGUUGCAAGCCCCACCACCUCAACCGUUUCUGGCUCUGCCCACCCAUCCCAUCAUCAUUAUUCCGUGCUCUCUGAUUCGGGCCGCCAGCAUCAUUCCAGGGCCAUUGCCCACAUCCGCGUCGGGAAUCGUGAAUCCGGAAUCCACCCUCUUUACAGUGGAAAACGGCGCCAUCAAGCCUCUGGCCACCGGCUUGCUGGGAAGUGCCCUGGCCGGCAGUGGAAACCAGUUAAGCAAUUCCAGCAUCAACCUGCACAACCUGCCCAUUCCCAGCCUGGAGCCAGAGCGUCCCUCAGCACCCUCAUCCGCCGCAGAAGCCAUAGAACCCAAGAGCAGUCCACCGGAGCCCAAGCGCAAGGAAGCGGGAAGCACUCGAGAAUCUGCUCCUUUGGACCUUUCCCUACGCCGCUCCCCCAUCUCUCUGAACUCCUUGAGCCUGAGACAGCGACAAUUGCAACAGCUAUUCGACAUGGAGGAAGUCCUUGGACUGGGAGCCAUGGGAGGAGGUAUUACAGGCAAGGAGAAUAUAAACACUGCGACUGCCGGCGCUGGAGGCGGAGGUGGAGGAAGUGUCACUCCCGAGCAGAUAGUGUGUGCACCCUCCCUGCCCAGCAGUCCCUCCAUGAGUCCUUCACCCAAACGGCGAGCCAUUAGUCCGAGGAGCUCUGGGGCAGGAAGUACUGCGUCCAUGUCGCCACCAGGUCUGAAUGUGGCUGUACCACAUCGAUUGGACAUGCUCUCGGCAAUGCUGCCGGCAGACUUUAAUCUUUCCGAAUCGCUGUUGGCCAAAACCAAUCCGGAACUAGCUUUGAAACUGGCGGCAGCUGCGGCGGCGGCUGCAGUGGCCGGAGGGGCUAGUGGCGCUUCACCAGCCUUCCCACCCGUUCCCGCCGCUCAAACCGGAGGCAACAACUCUACCGGAGGUGGAGCAUCUGGUGGCGGCCAACCGCCACAGAUCUAUGUGAAACAGGGAGUGUCCAAGUGCAAGGAGUGCAAUAUAGUGUUCUGUAAGUACGAGAACUAUCUGGCCCACAAGCAGCACUAUUGUUCGGCCAGGAACCAAGAGGGAUCGGGCGAUAGUGAUUCCAAAUCGGCUGUUUCGCCCUCUAAUCCCGGCGGAGCUGGCGGUGGAGCAGGGGCAGCCGCUUCCGUGGAGACCUCUCCGGUGGCCUAUCAGCAGCUCAUUUGUGCCGCCUGUGGCAUCAAAUACACCUCCUUGGAUAAUUUGAGGGCGCACCAGAACUACUACUGCCCCAAGGGAGGGGCAGCUGCUGCCGCUCCGGCUGGCACGCCCACAGAUCCCGGGCAGUUGGCGAUCACAAAGGAGAAGUGCGGAAAGUGCAAAACCCUCCAUGAAAUAGGACUUCCCUGCCCAGCUCCCGCCUCCAAUCCACUGACCGUUCCCACCAACUCCCAACCGAGCGCCUCGAAUAGCGUCAACAAAUGCCCCGUCUGUGGAGUGGUCAGUCCCACGGCAGCUCUAGCCAGGAAGCACAUGGAGAUGCACGGAACGGUCAAGGCCUUUCGUUGCAGCAUUUGCCAAUACAAGGGCAACACCCUCCGUGGCAUGCGCACCCACAUCCGGACGCACUUCGACAAGAAGACCAGCGACGUGAAUGAAGAGCACUACAUGACCUGCAUCUUCGAGGAGGAGAGCGCCAAUGUGGUCCAGGAGUUGCCAGCAUCGGCGGGAGCAGUAGCGGCACCACUAGAAUCCAUGGAGCAUCCACCGCAGCUGUUCAACUGCGAUUACUGCAACUAUGGUUCCACCUACAAGGGCAAUGUGUUGCGUCACAUGAAACUAUUGCAUCCCCAUGUGGCCAUUAGUUCCCCUUCGAUUUCACCGGAGACCAGGGAACAGGAGGUUAUUGCCAACUCCACUCCCAAUCAACACUCCAAUGACGGCUCCAAUGGCGAAGUCACAAGUUUCCACAUUAAAUCAGAGCCUCUGGAUGCACCUUCCACCCUGAGCCUGGUGCACGAGAACAACAACUCACCAAUACCCACGCCACACAUCAAAGCCGAACCCCAGGAAAUUGGGAUAGAUGUGGCAUUGGCAUCACCCCUGGGAAACAGUGGUGUGGCAGCCGCCGCUGCUGCAGCUGCUGCCGCCGCCGCCGAGGCAAUGAAGAAGUACUGUUCCGCCUGCGACAUAUCCUUCAACUAUGUGAAGACCUACCUGGCCCACAAACAGUUCUACUGCAAGAGCAAGCCCCUCCGACCGGAGGCCAACGACAGUCCGAGUCCGAAUCAUCUAGCAGCCGGAGCAGCAGUUGGUCUGGGCCUGGGUGUAGGGAUGGUGGGUGGGGGCCAGCAAAAGAACAAGGAGAACCUGCAGGAGGCGGCCAUUUGAGAGAGCCAGAUGCGUUGGGAGGCGCAGCGGAAGCAGCUGGAAUGGUAUUACAAGUGCUUCUGAACCAGAGACGGAGCAACCGAACCUAAUCGAAUCGAAUCCUAAGCUUAGCCAACAUUACCCUGUAAACUAUUACAACUAUACUAUACUUAAAACCGUAAUCUGUAAUCUAUAACCUGUAAUCGACGACAGUAUUCUUGGAGAAUCUCCCUGUCGCUGCCCUCCACUUCCAAUAUGCCACUUGGGGACUGACUCCUACGACUUAUCGAUCGAUAGCAGUAGAUAUAUACAUACACCAUACACGCAUAAACAUAUAUAGAAUACAAUACAUAAAAUCUAAAUAUAUAUAUAGACAUAUAGACGCAUACCCAUGAAGUGGGCACCAUGACAUAUAAUGCAUGCCAAAGCUUACCACUUAGAGAGAAACUACAAGUUUGCAAGUAAUACGGAUUGUGGAGAGAUCAAUAGCAGGAGGAGGAGCAAAAGUA